AUGGCUGAUCAUACUGUCAAGGGAAUAGAGCCUCUGCCCGCCGGCUCAUUGGAUGGUUCUGCGCUGCGAAUCCUGAUAGGUACUUUGCUCCAUUUGCCAUUCGUAGCCUUCAAAGUUUCUCAUCAAGCAAACCACAUUCUAGUGCACACACGUUGGAAUUUUACCAUCGUCAAGCAACUACUAGAUGGAACUAUAUCCAAAUUAAAGGCAUUAGGAGUCCCUGAAUCCUCCAUUGUAAUUGAAUCCGUACCAGGCUCAUUCGAAUUACCGAUUGCAGCACAACGACUCUUAACAUCAGCUCAACGCACCGCUUCAUCAGCGACCGACCUCUUCACUACUGAUUCUCCAUCAAUUACCAAAACGCCUGUAGCAGCUGCUUAUGACGCGGCUAUAUGUAUUGGAGUCUUGAUUAAAGGAAGCACCAUGCACUUUGAAUAUAUAGCUGAUUCUACUACAAAGGGGUUGAUGAGAGUUGGACUGGAUACUGGGUUACCUGUGGUGUUUGGUGUGCUGACCUGUCUUACUGAAGAUCAAGCUUUUGAUCGUGCUGGGAUGGGGAGAGGUCCUAAUGGCAAGGGACAUAAUCAUGGCGAGGACUGGGCAGCUGCUGCUGUUGAAAUGGGAUUAUUGAAAAAGCGAACGUGA